AUUAGAUAGCCGUGACGUCUGACUAUAACCUGUCCAGCAUCCCCUUUCUCCCCUCUGGUUACAUUCGAGUCCAACAAUAUCCUACAUCAACCCAUUGUCAAUUCGGAAAGCAAGCGUCAAAAUGAUCUACGAGCUUCGAAUCUACACCACACUCCCGGGCAGGAUGCCUAAUCUUCUGCGCCGCUUCGAAGACCACACCCUCCGAAUCUGGGAAAAGCACGGCAUCAAACAAGUCGGCUUCUGGACCACGCUCGUUGGCCCCAACUGCGGCAACGAACUCACGUACAUGCUCGCCUGGGAAUCGCUGGCGGACCGCGAGAAGAAGUGGGAUGCCUUUUUCGUGGACCCGGAGUGGGUGGAGGCGCGGACGAACAGCGAGAAGGACGGGGCGAUUAACAAGAAUGUGUUCAGUAGCUUUUUGACGCCGACCAAGUUCUCCGCCCUGAAGUGAUGGAACGAGGGGAUGGAGAAAGCUUGCUCGUCAGAAACAACGGUCGUGUG